UGUCAUCUACCUUGAUUUAAAAUGACAUCAUUUAAAUUCUGGUAAUAAUCUUUGGAGUAAUUAGUAUCAUUAUGGAUCACAACCACAAUUGGCUUCAUCGCUACACGAAUAUGCGUGAUUAAUGUUGGCUUACCUCUUCUCAUUCAUUCAUUAUGUCUCAAAUGAUAACUAUUAAUUAGCUGGUCCAGUCAAGUUGGAGGAGUUGAAGAGUUGAAAGAGGAUUGCCAAAAGAUUGAAAGUUAAUUUAGAGGAGGCUCAAUAUAAUAAGCUUAACUCUAUUUGAAUUCCCAAAAUUCAAGUUCAUUAUCAUCUAAAUAGCCUCAAGUUAAAGCUUUCACUUUUCAGAAUUAGAUCGUUCUAGAUCAAUUCAGGCCAAGAUUUGUUUUAACAAUUUGUUGUUAGUUCACCAUCAGUUCUUGUUGAAACAUCAAUUUCUCACUAUUUCCAACCGCUCUACCUAUUUUUAUAAACAGUGACUAUCCAUAUCUUUACCCAACUCUAAUUCAAUCAAGUUUGAAUUGAAAAAAAAUAAAUUUCCAGAUAAACCUGAAGGAGAAUAAGCUUAGGAAUUUUCCAAUUCCUGUUUAACCUAAGGGAAAAUUUAUUCAAAUAGAUCUCGUUGAUCUGGGAAACCAAGAAAAAACAUUUCUUGUUUUGUUUUUCAUCGCCUUGACCACUUGUUUUGUACAUUUGAUCUUCAUUUUAACGUUCAUUUCCAAACUUGUGACUCUCGACUCAACUUGACUAAUCUAAUCUAAAUUGUGUGCUACUUCAAUCAUCAAUCCAUUGUUGCUCAUUGCAUCUGAUUUUUUCAUUUCAUCAAAAUGAGAUUCAGAAAGUUUAUCAAAGUAGAACCUGAAUCAAUUGUAAAAGUACGUGAAGCUGUUUUAGCUGCUCAUGAAUCAGAUAAGGAAUCAUUUGAUGACAAUGAUAUCAAGAAAAUGGUUUCUUCCGACUGGACGUGUUUUCGUUUCUUGGCCUUUGUUAAUGGUGAUGUUGACGGUGCUACAAACGCUUUAAUCGAUUCACUUAAAUGGAGGAAGAGUAAAAAUUUCAACUCAUUUACAACUCACUAUCCUUAUCCAGACUUGUUUUUCCGCAUGGGAACUGUGUUCACCUAUGAACCCGACAAAUGGGGCCAUCAAACACUCUAUGUAAGGGUUAAAUAUUUACGUAAAAUUGGUGAGCUUAAACCUCUUCUCAGUGAUUUGGUUGAUUACAUUUUAUGGAAAACUGAUGAAGCUUCAGGUGAAUCUGGUUGGAUUUUGAUUAUGGACUUUGAUGGAGCUGGUUUAGUCAAUGCUGACAUAGACACUCUCAGUAAAAUGAUAUCAACACUUAAAACUCAUUUUCCAUGUGGAUUGGAUUUCAUUCUGGUUGUGGAUUUACCCUGGAUUUUAAAAGGUUUCUGGGCUUUGGUUAAAACCUGGGUUGGCUCGUCAGAUAGUUUGAUUAAAUUUGUUUCGCGAAAAAGCAUUUCUGAUUAUUUUGAACCUUCAAAUGUUCCUGAUUUUAUGGGUGGAAAUUGUAAAUUGCCCUAUUGUGGUGAUCAUGUCGUUAAAUCACUGGGAAUCUCUGAUAAAUGUCCUGAUUUGUUCUCGUAUUGCCAUGAUACUCUUAAAUUGUCUGAUCGUCGUUGCUCUGAAAUAGAGUCUAUUUAUCAACCGUAUUUAGAUCAAUCAGUGAAAAAAAUAAUUGAAUAAAAUGAGUAACAUUUUCUCAUUAUCAAUUCACCAUCUAAACGUUCAUUAAUUGAAUCAGUUAGAUUGUUCUUGAUCUUGUACCCUCAUUAAUAAAAACCCUGACACUCAAAAAUUGUCAAAUUGUA